AUAUACAAGUGCGUACCCCAUUUAACAUUUCACCAAGCAUUAUUCAUGAUGAAUUAUCUUCUGUUUGCGGUGAACAAGCUUCUUCUCUUAGAACAGUUCAAAGAUGGUCUAAAUCGUUUCGUGAAGGGCGAGAAAUAAUUGAAGAUGAAGCAAGACCUGGAAGGCCGAUCACUGAAACUACAGCUGAAAAUAUUGAACAAGUUCGCCUUCUAAUCGAUCAUGACCCUCAUAUUACAAUUGAGGAGGUACAGGAGCAAACUGAUUUAAGUUAUGGGACUGUGCAGCGAAUCCUCUCAGAACAUUUAAAGCUUAGGAAACUUACCGCUCGUUAUGUAUCCAAGCUUCUUAAUGAUUUUCAACGGUCAGAGCGAGUUCGAAUAUGCGAGGAAAAUUUAGCAAAAUUGCAAAAAGAAACAUGGCGUUUCUGUGAUGUAAUAACUGGUGACGAGUCAUGGUUUUAUCAUCAACAAAUUGGUCGCAAAUCAUCAAACGCUGCGUGGGUGUCAAGAGGAGAUCCUCCACCUGUUGUAAUUCGACGCAGUAAGUUUGCUCCAAGAACAUUAUUUUCCAUUUUUUUAAAGUCAAACGGUUAUGUCCUCAUUCAUCAUAUGGGAAGAGGGCAAACAAUGGAUCACCAUUAUUAUAUCAACAAUUGUUUGCGACCUCUUGUCGAUGAAAUCAACUGUCAAAGACCGUCCUCUGGUAUUCGUGAUAUCAUAAUUCAUCACGAUAACGGAAGACCACAUGUUCAUAAAAAUGUGACCAACUAUCUUGAAUCGGAAGGAAUUAGAAUAAUGCCACAUCCACCUAAUUCUCCAGACCUAGCACCAUGUGACUUUUGGUUAUUCGACUUAAUCAAAGAAAAUCUGGAUGAUCAUAAUGAUUCAAAAUCAUUACGUGGUGCUGUCACUAAGUUUAUGUACUCACUGAGCAAAGAAGAAUAUAAAAAGACUUUCGAUAAACGGUUGCAAAGAAUGCAGUUAUGUAUAGAUAAUAAAGGGGAUUAUUUUGAAUAUUUUAUGAAAUAA